AUGCCUACUCCCGUCCAGACCGUCGCUAUUCCCAACAUUGCGUGGAACAUCGCGGCCGAUAUCUACUCCCCCCCGAACUUCGACAAGAACAAGACAUACCCGGCUGUUGUGUCUGCCCAUCCCAUCGGCUCUUGCAAGGCGCAAACGUCUGGUGGUGUCUACGGCAGGGCGAUCGCCGAAGCCGGCUUUGUGGUCGUGGCUUUCGACGCUUCCUUCCAAGGCGCUUCGGGUGCUGAGCCUCGCCUGAUGGAGAACCCCGAGUUUCGAGUCUCCGACUUUCGCUUCGUGGUGGACUACCUUCAGACGCUUCCCUACGUCGACUCCAAGAGAAUCGGAGUGUUGGGCAUCUGCGGUGGAGGCGGCUACGCUCUCAAUGCCAUCAUGACCGACUAUCGCCUCCAGUGCGCCGUUGGAAUCACCCCCGUCAACUUUGGACGCCUCACUCGUGAAGCCUUCGGUAAUUUCGACCCAGCCGACACCCUAGAAAAGAUCGCCAACCAACGGACUCUCGAGGCCCAGGGGGCUCAACGAUUUAUUCUGAACUAUCUCCCCUCCACAGUUGCCGAAGCCAAGCAGGCAACGACGGACAUUGAUACUAUCGAGGCCACCGAGUAUUACAAAACAGAGCGUGGCCAGGCAUCCAAUGGCGCCUGCAGUGGUCUUUUCUCCUUCAAUAGUGCUGCCCUGGCAUGGGACGCUUUCAACCACGCCGAACAACUCAUGACCCGACCGUUCAUGGUGGUGGUUGGUGACAAACCAGGGAGCUUCGGUGCCUAUCGCGAUGCCUCGGAAAUCCACGGCCGUGCUGCUUCCAAAGAGAAGAGUCUUGUUGUUCUUCCAGGUGUUUCGCAUUAUAUGCUUUAUGAUAAGCCGGAGGCUGUUAAGCCUGCUCUUGGUCAGGUUUUGCCGUUUCUUGAGAAACAUCUCGGCGUUGACAAUUGA